AUGGGUGACGAACAGUCAAUCCGGGCCUUUGGCCCAGCUCGUUCCACCGUCAGGGGCUCUCCAUUGAGUGCAUCUGACUUGUCCCUAUACAAUGACUAUUUCAAGGCCAGUUGCUACCUGGCGCUUGGUAUGAUUUAUCUGCGAGAUAAUCCACUGCUUCGCGAGCCUUUGAAAAGAGAACACUUGAAGCUUCGGCUGCUCGGACACUUUGGAUCUGCUCCUGGCCAGAUCUUCACCUAUAUGCACUUCAACCGCCUCAUCAACAAGUACGACUUGGAUGCCUACUUUGUGUCAGGUCCCGGACACGGCGCACCAGCUGUGCUGUCACAGUCAUAUCUCGAAGGCGUUUACUCCGAGGUCUAUCCUGAAAAGUCUCUAGACCUUCAAGGUGUCCAAAAGUUCUUCAAAUACUUUUCCUUCCCCGGGGGUAUUGGAUCCCACGCAACCCCAGAAACCCCGGGUUCCAUCCACGAGGGAGGUGAGUUGGGGUACUCAAUUUCCCACGCCUUCGGCUCGGUUUUUGACCACCCGAACCUGAUCGCCCUCACCAUGGUUGGUGAUGGUGAGGCCGAGACUGGCCCUCUGGCCACAUCCUGGCACUCAAACAAGUUCCUAAACCCGAUUACCGACGGGGCCGUUUUGCCCAUCUUGCACCUCAAUGGCUACAAGAUCAACAAUCCCACCAUUCUUGCUCGUAUUUCUCAUGAUGAGUUGAAGAGCCUGUUUGUCGGAUAUGGGUGGGAGCCCUUCUUCGUCGAGGGCGACGAGUUGGACAGUAUGCAUCAGGCCAUGGCCGCCACCCUGGAACACUGUGUUGGGCUUAUCAAGAACUACCAGAAGAACGCUAGAGAUGGCGGCAAGGCCUACCGCCCCCGAUGGCCCAUGGUUGUGCUCAGAACGCCCAAGGGAUGGACUGCCCCUCGCAAAGUUGAUGAUAACUAUCUCGAGGGUUUCUGGCGAGCCCAUCAGGUUCCCAUCACCGAUGCCAACACCAACGCCGAGCAUAUGAAAGUCCUUGAAGACUGGAUGCGCAGCUACGAACCCGACAGACUUUUCGAUGAAAACGGUGCCCCAAUCGCCGCAUUGCGAACUCUUUGCCCCAAGGGCCAACGCCGCAUGAGCGCCAACCCGGUAACCAACGGCGGCCUCAUCAAGAAACCACUCAAAAUGCCCGAUUUCAGAAAUUACGCCAUCAUGGUCGACCAGCCAGGAGCUACAAUGACAGGAAGCAUGGCCAACUUUGCGGGUUUUUUGAGAGACAUUAUAGCUCAGAAUCGCCACAACUUCCGACUUUUCGGUCCAGAUGAAACUGAGUCAAACAAACUAGCUCGCGUUUACGAAGCCGGCAAGAAGGUAUGGAUGGGAGACUAUUUCGAGGAGGACGCCAAUGGUGGCAACCUCUCCAUGGCCGGAAGGGUUAUGGAGAUGCUCUCUGAGCACACUUGUGAGGGUUGGCUUGAAGGCUAUAUUCUUAGUGGUCGCCAUGGCUUGUUGAACAGCUACGAACCCUUUAUCCACGUUAUUGACUCCAUGGUCAACCAGCAUUGCAAGUGGAUCGAAAAAUGCCUCGAGGUCGAGUGGCGAGUCAAGGUUUCCUCGCUCAACAUUCUUCUCACAGCUCUUGUUUGGAGACAGGACCACAAUGGUUUCACUCACCAGGAUCCGGGCUUUCUGGAUGUGAUAGCAAACAAGAGUCCUGAAGUUGUCCGAAUAUACUUGCCGCCGGAUGGCAACUGCCUGUUGUCUGUGAUGGAUCAUUGCUUCAAAUCCAACAAUUACGUCAACGUCAUUGUCGCAGACAAGCAGGACCAUCUCCAGUUCUUGGACAUGGACAGCGCAGUCCAGCACUGCACCAAGGGCAUCGGCAUCUGGCCCAAGUUCAGCUCUGAUACUGGGAAGGAGCCGGAUCUCAUCAUGGCCUCGUGUGGCGACAUAAGCACUCAAGAAUCGCUUGCGGCGACUGACCUCCUGCUCAACUACUUUCCCGAUCUCAAGAUCCGGUUCGUUAACGUGGUCGAUCUUUUCAAGCUCAUCCACCCAUCCGACCAUCCCCACGGGCUCAACGACGUCGAAUGGUUGAGCUUGUUCACUGACAACACGCCCAUCAUCUUCAACUUCCACAGCUACCCAUGGAUGGUCCACCGACUUACUUAUAAGCGACCGGGCAGUCAUCACCUGCAUGUCCGCGGCUACCGCGAAAAGGGCAACAUUGACACGCCGCUGGAGCUUGCCAUCCGCAACCAGACUGAUCGAUUCAGCCUUGCCAUAGCCGCCAUUGACCGCCUGCCUGAGCUACGUAAUCGUGGCGCCGCAGCCAGGCAGACCUUGUUGGAUGAGCAGAUAUCUGCACGGAACGAAGCCUUUGAGAUGGGCAUGGACCCGCCCGCUCUGACCAAGUGGACUUGGCAUCGAGAUGGGUUGUGGAUGAAGGCGACUGAAAGGGCUGCCUCGCACGCUGCUAAGUGA